ACAUCCAUUAGUUUACUCAAUAACCUUUUGUCUACUAAAAUAUGGUUCAACCCUUUGACUGUUUUGGUUGUAUAUAUACGUCUUAUGAACCAGCGUUUCGGAUGAAUAUAUACUCAAUAAUUCUACCGGCUUCAAAUCAGCAGGAGAAAGCUGGUAGGCCCACAUGUGAGAGAAUGGGUGUGUGUAGCCAGUGUGCACCACAUAAAAAAAAUUCUGCAGCACACAGUGCAUAAGAGAAAAAAACUGACCAUUUUUUUGGAUUAAAACGCCGACUAUGAGGUGUAUUUUCAUAUAGUAUUUAUCAUUGUAUUCUCAUUUACAUGGUCUCACGUGAUAAAAUGGAAAACAUACUACAGAAGUAGAGAUGAUUUUGAUUAGUUUCAUGAUGAAAACAACCUUGAAAUUGAGCACAAAUUAGUGGAAAUGUUCGAUUUUCACCAAUGUUCAGGAGUAAGCAAAUCACACCACACAUCCAAUACACGUCAACUGGGGAGUCUAAUACUCUUUCACUAGUGCACUGAUAUUAUUUAUACCAUUUUUACAAUAAUGCAGUACUCUGCAUAACAGUAAAUUUUGUAUUUUUUGAAUGAAUAAAAAAUCAAAAUAGAAAGCAAUAGUAAUAUAAGAGGGGCCUAGAGACAUGACUAAUGAACAGAGGAUAUGUUAUUUUAGUGCCAAGAAUGUCUACAUUGUUUAUUCUGGACCCUAUUUUGAAAAUGGCAUUUUUUUAAUUUGCGUGAAAUUGGCCAAAUUGCCAAUUUCUGGCCACUUUAUUGGGUAGUUCAAAUUAGUAAAUGGGCAGUUUCUUGUACUCAACUCAUAGAAAAAAUGGAGUUCUAAAGAAACAGCUAUGAGUUUGGUCAACUGGAACAACGGAAUUGGCCAAAAACAGGGCUCAAAGUCGGAGAAAUUUCCGAUGCGUAUGUGUCGCUGAGACCGCUAACUUCACAGGAGCGUAAUUCCGUAAGUUUUAGACCAAAUUUCGUACUUUUGGUACAAUUACAACCGGGAGAAGAUUCUCUAUCAUUUCAUAAGAAAAAAUAAUUUGUUUCCAAAAAUUUUGUGACAUAGAAUGACAGUUUCAGAAAGGGGCUUGCGACAGUCAAGAGUUAAUAAUCUGCUAUCAUUGCAUCCUAUAUCGUAUCUCACAUUUAUUUUUUUUUCCUAAAAGUAAUAUCUAUUAUCUAACUUUUUUCUACAGACAGCUCAACUCUGGGUUUUCCCCAUUUUCAUUUACCCUUGGCACUCCAAACUUACCGACUAAAACAUGUAAAACCAUCUCCUCCACCUUAUCAUUUAGGUCCCCAUCAACACUAAUUCUCUCACUUGAUUCAAAAUUCCCAAAACAUGCACUUAACAUUUCCCAAAAAUCCCUCUUCUACAUGUCUCACCACCACGUACAUAUACACCAUAGCCCACUUCUUGUAUUCCACCUUUAUUCUAGCCCACAUAAUUCUUGAGUUUAUACACUUAUAACCCCUGUUUUCUUUCCAUAAUUGAUCAUUUAAUAUUACUGUUACUCCUUCAUUAGCUCCUCAUCUCUCAGAUACACCUCAACUAAUCCCAUUUACCACUACCCAAUGAAAUUCUCCUAACUUUUUUUUUCAGCUUUAUUUCAUUUAGUGCCAAGAUAUUCUUAACAUUAACAUCAAAUCUUUCUUAUAAGCUGCACUACACUGAUGCACGUUCAAAUACCCCAACGGCAAAAUUUUCUUUGAUUUUGCAAUACAGAAAACCCUCAAUAUAAGAGACUUAUGAGGGGAUUGUCCAAGUGUCCCUUAACCCUUUACCGGGCAGUGCCUCAAUAAUGAGGCACCAAAAGCAUGGUUUUCAUGGCGCCAUAGACACAAAGCAUAUGCUCCCAGAGACUUCUCGCCUCAAUCCAGCCAAUCACACACCUUCUGGGCGGAGCUUGAAGGUGGCGUCACUCGGGUACUGUCCUCUGCUAUUGGCUGGGAGCUCCUCGAGUGUUCAGUACUGCUUGACUUGUUGAAGGAGCAGCAUUUCGACCCUCACUCUCCUGAUAUUUCACCAAUUUACACCACUCCAGAAUGUCGUUGAACACAAAUGUGUUUUAUGGAUCAAGGGCUCAAAGAAGAAGGGAUUACAUCGUGCCAGAGUUACAUGAUGACAGUGACCCUAAUGAGGAAGUGGAUUCUGGAGAUGAUUAUAAGCCACAGGCAAAUGAUGCUUCUUCAAGUGAAGAUGAACAUGAAAAUGUGUCUAAGAGAAGUGGGCAAGUUAAUGUAAAACGAAGAAAUGUACGAAAACAAGCAGUUAAAGAUGAUGAGGUUGAGGUAGAUGAAACAACUGUCAACAACACUAAUGCCACCUGGAGCAAACUUGACAUAACAAAUACUCCAUUACCUGACUACAAACAUGAGGUACCAACACAUAUCAAGGAACCAUUUCAAUAUUUUUGUCAAUUAUUUACUGCAGAAAUGUUAGAAAGCCUUGUAUUUAACACAAACUUGUAUGCAACACAGAAAGAUGUUAAUACUAACUUCAACACCACUAGUGAAGAGCUUAUGCAAUUUGUUGGAAUUCUGAUAUUCAUGAGUAUGGACACCCUGCCCUCUUUAGAAGAUUACUGGUCCCAUAAUCAUUGUCAUCCUGAUAUUACAACUGUUAUGACAUCUAAAAGGUUUAGGUCACUAAGGACAGCUAUUCAUAUAAAUGAUAAUACCAAGGCAACAGCUGACAGGUUCCAUAAAGUAAGACCACUGUUUGAAGGUCUAAGAAAAGCAUGCCUAACAGUUCCAGGUACACCAAAGCAAUCAGUUGAUGAGGUAAUGGUAGGAUAUAAGGGAACAAGAGCAGGAAAUCUCAGGCAAUAUAUCAGGACCAAGCCUGAUAAAUGGGGGUUUAAACUUUUUUGCCGGGCCAGCGAUGAUGGAUUUAUACAUGACAUAAUGAUGUAUCAAGGUCAAACAACAUUUGAUUAUCACAGUGUUAGUCUAACAGAGGAGGAGAAGAAAAUGCCUAUAAGUUCCAAGGUUGUUAUUUGCCUUGCAAAGACUAUGGACCACACAAAGACCAGUGCAAUUUAUGCAGAUAACUUCUUUACCAGUUUGCCUCUAGUGAAAUAUCUGCAUGCUACAUUCAAUUGCAGGUACACAGGCACUGCAAGGGACAGCAGAAUUGGAAAACCACCACUUAUGUCUGUCAAUGACAUGGAAAAAACAAAGGUGAAAAGGAGUGCUAUGGAUUACUGUUCAUUGGAUAGUGUCCUUGCUGUACGUUGGAAAGACAGUAAGGUUGUUACUUUACUGACUAAUGAUAUUGGUAUCAACCCAGUGACAAAGAUAAAGAGGUACAGCAAGGAGCUCAAACAAAAGGUGGAAGUUGACUGUCCUGCAGUGAUAAAGAAUUAUAAUGCCCAUAUGGGGGGCAUAGAUAAGAAUGAUAUGUUGGUGCAUCUCUACAAGUCUCCACUCAAAGCAAAACGCUGGUACAUGAGGCUCUUUGGAUAUGUCAUUGAUCUUUGUUGUGUCAAUGGCUGGUUGUUGUACAGGCGUGAAUGUGGUGUUUUGAAAGAGAAAUACAUGAACCUCAAGGAAUUUCGGUUUUCCAUCUCCAAUUCUGCAAGAAAGUCAACCAAUGGAAUCCCAAGGAGCCUGAGAUCUCCAAGUUGUUCAACUUCACGGUCUUCUUCAAGGUCUUCUUCAGUUGAUGACAUUCCCAAUCGGCAUAGAAAAAGGUCUAAUGAUACAAUAUUUGAUGAAACACAAAAACACUGGCCAGUUUCUGCAAAGAGGCUUUCAUGUAAACAUUGCAACACCAAGAACAAGAGGACCUACUCUUCCUUUGCUUGUUCCUUCUGCAAGGUUAAUUUAUGUCUAAAUUCAAUGAGGAAUUGUUUCCUGGAAUUCCAUAGGCAACAACAUGCUUAAAUUCCUCUGAUAAUAUUUUUGUAACAUUUUUUCAAUUUUUUUAUAAAAUGUCAAUUACUAAAAAUGUCUUAAAUUUAUUGAAAUCAAGUUUCUGUGCCUUUUGUUUACCCAAGUUGUUUAUGAAUAAACCUUAAAAGUAAA